CAAAUGAUUGCAGCUGUGUUUGUUAAGACAUUCGUUUUGCCACGUUACAUCUCUGUUACAGGACAACAAAUUAUAAACGAGCGGUACCAUUUAUUCUUGAAGUGAAACAAGUUCACGAAAUUAUAAACAGAGAUUGUGUAGCGUUCACUGUAGCACGGGAUCCCGUCUUUCUUGGGACUAGAAUACUAUACACAGUGUCUUAUAAAAACAAAGUAGAGGAAAUCUAACGAAAGGAAAACUUUUGCUAGAAAAGAUUUUUGCUUUUGUGGAUGAGGGAAAAAGUUACAAGAAAUCGAUGUCUACAUUUAUUUAUUUCAGCAUUUUUUGGCAAAACUCCAAAAAUGCAAAUUCAAAAGUAUUUCUACCAUGACAAGGAAAAUUAAAUUAAUAGCUAGUUUUAAACUAUUAGGAUAUUGUCAAUGAACUUUUGGCAUGAUUCUUUAGUGAUUUUUGACCAUUCUUCAACACAAAAUAGUUCCAGUUCAUUCAAAUUCCAAGGACCUCCUGUGCCAGCCUUCUUUAAGAUUGGACCUUUGACAUGGCUAUUCCAGAACCUUGAUUUUAUUCUUCUUUAACCAUUCUGAAGUAGAUUUUGAUGUGUUCUUUGGAUCAUUGUUGUGUUGGAACGUCCAGUUGCAAAUUAAACCAAAUUUUGUAGUGGAGGGUUUCAGAUGAUUGGCCAAUACCUUUUGGUAUGCUAUGGAAUCCAUUUUACCAUGUAUUGGAACUAAAUUUCCUGUGCCAUUAGAGGAAAAACAGCACCAUGGAAGGAUAUUACCACCUCCAUGCUUGACAGUAGGUAUGGCCUAGCUCUGGCAAAUCGCCAUGUGUGUCCACUUGACAACUGGCAAUACACAAAUUCCUGUUCUCUGAACAGUACAGAAAGAUGCUGCACGUUACAACAUAUUCCAUUCAUAAGCACCUGUGGAAUGCAUGCUCCUGAAAAUGCCUUGUUCAGUGCAACUUUAAACUCUGGGGCAAUUUUAUUCCUUGUGUUCUGCAUCUUUCAACAUGCUCACAUAAUCAAGAAGAACAAUGACAACGUCACGCUCAGCAGAAUUGGACUGGCAGUUGGAUGUCUGUCUUCAUUUGGAGCCUUUAUUACUGGAAACUGCAAUCCUGGGACCCUCAUGGUACUCCAUUAUGUGGGAGCUGCACUGUGCUUUGUGAGCACCUGUCUUUAUACUCUAAUCCUGAGUAUUCUGACAUACCGGUGCUUUGUAACAGGGCUGGAGUAUAUUCUUGCUCCGAUAAGGACUAUAUCGACCACCAUUCAAAUCACAGCCACCAUCUUCUAUAUUGUUUUUUUCCCACAGGAAACCUACGACUACCAGCAUAUUUCUGCCAUUUUUGAAUGGAUUUUGGCCACAAAUGUUCAACUGUUUGAACUGAGCUUUGUUGUUGAAUUUUAUUAUUUUUCUGUUUCCAUGUUGUCUGUGCUAAUGACCAAAGAUGAGGAGGAAACAUCAUUGAUAAUGUCGUGAUGUGGCAGGAGAUUAGCUAGUUAAUAAAUUAAUUAUUAUUAUAUAGUGUAAGCAAAUCUAAACUCGAUUGUGGAUAUUGUAUAGACUUUCUAGUUGGUAAAUGCUGUUUCUGUUGUCUUGUUUUCACUAUUUAGUAUUUUACUAUAAUAUUUUUCCGAUACCAGAAGUUAUUUAGCUUCGCUUUGGGCAUUUGCAUGUUGCUUUUUAAAUUUGUUCAAUAUUAAAAAAAUAUAGAAUAUAAAACAAAAUAUGUACAUAAGUACUGCCAGGAUUCUCUAUGGGUAGCCAUGGAACAACAAACAUAACGCAGAGGUAAAUUAGUAGUGUCCCAGGCAUCUAAUUCCUUCAAUACAACAUUUAUAUUCCAUAAAUACACUGGAUGAAAAUAUAAACCACAUUCACACAGACAAGAUUAAUAACAACAGCAAAUGCAAGCCAAGGAAUUACAAAUCAUGCUGCCAAAAUAAAAAUAAAGAUGGUCUUCUACCUUGUAAGUGGUCACAUGGAACAUGUUUUAUGAAAAUGCUCCGACCUGAUUCAGUGGAAACAAUUUCAGCAUCAUAUAAUAUUAACUUGAAGAAAUUGAAAAAUACCAAAUUUAGGAAGACUAGAUUGUGAAUUUAUCUUUUUAUAUGCUCUCUGCGGAUCAGAAAUAUUGUAGCAUUUCAGCUAUUUGGUAGUGGCCUGUGUUUUCAGGGUGUCACAGUUGGGGCUGGCUGCUAAAAACCCUAAACCUAAAAUGUCACACCUAAUUUCCCCUUUUGAAGGAUUUUUGCUUGAUAGGAGGUCUGGGCCUAACUGCCAGUGGAAAUGCUAAUUGUUAACAAGAAAGAAUGCACACACAGCAGGGCAGCACUGCACUGUGGAUUUCAGGGUGUGCUUCACUGCUCCAUAAAGAUUCUAUGAUACUGUUCUAGGCAGUUGAACUGUUACUAUGGUCAAGAGCCUGACUGUUCCUGUCUUGUGAACCCAGACUGGGGCAGAUAUCUGUUCAGUCAUAGUACUCAAUUUUAGUGCUUUGCUUUUCAUUGGUAUGUCUGAUUACGAUUAUAUAUAGUUCUUGUUGCUUGGUAAUCACAAAGUUGUGUACUGAAAGAGUAAAGCCUAGGGCUCGAUUCAUACUGUUCACUUGUGUAUUGGCUGUGUACCACAGCAGAUGUCACAAAGUUGUCAUUCCUGCAGUACAGGGCAUGAAAGUCAUAUCCUUGACAUCAGCAGAAAUCAUGAAGAACAGUCAAGAUUGCAUUCGGACAACAUGCUGCCUUUUCCUAUACCAUCUUCUUAAUAAAUAGUUAUGAAUGUGUGUAAGUGACCAAAAUGUUAUUUAAUGAAAUAUGAUCUUUCUAGUUUUCUAAUAUAUAUAUGAGAAUGAGAUCAAAUAAAAUAAUGUAUUAAUUCUCUGUGGUAACACAGUAAACUGAUAGCUGCCUGAUUUACUUCAAACUGAAUAGGGAGGGGAAAAUAUCUAAAAUUAAAACAAAUGUACAUUCUCUAAUUAUACACUUUAAACACUUAUCUCAAUGUCAUAAUAAACUAACAAUCUAUCUAUUGUGCUUCCUGUUUCCUGUCAGCCGCUGAUAUCCAUGUACAGUAGACAUAGCAAUUAAAACAGGAUCUGGCCUUGCAGGAUGUGAGUCAUUUCCAUUGCAUAACUGGGAGAAUCCCAACCUGUGGUCUUAGAAAAUUCCCCAAAUUAAGCUACAAAUACCCACUCACACCCACAGGCCAUAAAUCCACUAAAACUAACUCUCUGCCUUAACCAGCCUAGUUUAUAUUAAUCUAUCUAAUACGAAUAUUAUGAAAUAUUUCUCAUGCUAUAAUUAACCAAUCACUGCUAAAAUGUAACCACAUUGAAGAAUUUGCAAGACAUCAGUAUUUACAAUACCGCUGUGCUGCAUUUCUGGACUACCAGUGUAUGUGUUAAGUCAUUUGUGAGCUAUUGCAUGCCACUGGAAAGUGUUAGACGAAGAACUAUCUGUUCCUUAGGAAAUAUCACAUGUUCUCCUGGAGUUCUCAUGGGUUUACAGCUAUUGUUUUAAAGUGUGACUAUGUCUGCCUUCGAUAGCAUACUGAAAACAUGUAUUACAUUAUCAAAAAAAGGGAGUGAAAUGUAAGCGGUCUUUGCUAUUUUCAGAAACCUGUACCGUAUAUUUAUUUUCAUUGUGUGUCAAUCCACUACUGUGUAUAAAAUGAUUGAAUAGCCUUG